AUUAAUAGAGACCUGAGACACCGCCUGCUAAAAAUACCCGGCUGGCGCGUUAUAAAAGCGCUGCGGGCUCGGCCCACCGACACUUCCCCCCUUCUCCCAGCCGCAGCCGGACGCGUCCAGCCAGCGCAGCCAGCAUGACCGAGCGCCGCGUGCCCUUCUCGCUCCUGCGGAGCCCCAGCUGGGACCCUUUCCGCGACUGGUACCCGGCCCACAGCCGCCUCUUCGACCAGGCCUUCGGGCUGCCCCGGCUGCCCGAGGAGUGGUCGCAGUGGCUGAGCCACAGCGGCUGGCCGGGCUACGUGCGCCCGCUGCCCCCGCCCGCCAUCGAGGGCCCCGCCGCAGUGGCCGCGCCCGCCUACAGCCGCCUGCUCAGCAGGCAGCUCAGCAGCGGCGUCUCGGAGAUCCAGCAGACCGCCGACCGCUGGCGCGUCUCCCUGGACGUCAACCACUUCGCCCCCGAGGAGCUGACGGUCAAGACCAAGGACGGCGUGGUGGAGAUCACGGGCAAGCACGAGGAGCGGCAGGAUGAGCACGGCUUCAUUUCCCGGUGUUUCACUCGAAAAUACACGCUGCCCCCCGGUGUGGACCCCACCCAGGUCUCCUCCUCCCUGUCCCCUGAGGGCACGCUCAGCGUGGAGGCCCCGCUGCCCAAGCCAGCCACCCAGUCGGCAGAGAUCACCAUCCCUGUCACUUUCGAGGCGCGGGCCCAGAUUGGGGGCGCAGAAGCUGCAAAGUCGGAAAAGCCCGGAACCAAGUAAAGGCCUUCGCCCUGCUGCUCACCGCCGCCCCCCCCCACCAAGCCCUCACCAGCCAUCCCCACCUGCCAACUCUCUGUGCUCUUUUGAUACGUUUACCUUCUGUUUUUCUCGAAUAAAGUUCAAAGCAACUGCC